GUGAUCGCCGUCUGUGCACGGGAUUUGCAGCUGGGCCUUUUUUGCGACCCUGGAAACAUGUGUUGCCAUGGCGGUGUGGGGAAGAGAAAGUGGGAAGAGCAUGGGCAUGGGCAUGGGCAUGGACAUGGGCAUGGGCAGCUCUUCGAUACGGACAUGUGCGCAUGGUACUGUGCCAUUUACUACUAUGUACUAUGUGUACAUGUAUGUACACGUGUAUGGACGUACGUACACGUGUAUAUUGGAUAUCUGGAUGCAUCAUAGUACAUACAUUUAUACAUGCUAUAAUACUCACACAUACAGGUACAUACGUAUGUACCACGCCUGAUGCUACCUACUACAUUUGCAAUUACCACUGAUACUACUACGUCAAA